CUGCUCUAGCCACCGUAAAAUUCUCAUCUUCAUAUCCACAUGAUACAGCUACCUCCUCCAUCACCAGAGCUAUGCUACACCUUGUUCUUGUUUUUUUUCUUUCUUAUGCUUAAUCAGUCCACAAUCAAUCACCAUAUCAGUUUUAUUACAGAGGUAUUGCGAGAAUAGAAGAUGGUUCUGGGUUUGUUUUCUCACAUAGAAACAAAUAGGGAAUCUGGUGCUGAUUUUCAUGGGUAUGAGGUUGUAUUUGAAUCUGAUUUUGAGCCGAGAAAAUCAUGACUUCUGCAAACAAUUUUGCAAAUAGGAGAUCGAAAAGUCAGCUUUUUGUACAGCAAAAUACUUUUGCUUCUGACUUCUGCAAAUAAUUUUUUUAUCCAAAUGCGCUAUAAGUAAUGUUUAAAAGUGAAUUUUUUUAAACUUUUGAUUUCAGGAAUGAUUGGUUUUGUGAUUCUGGCUAACUAUUCGAUCUCUGAAUUCUGGAAUUGAUUUCCACUUCUAGCGUGUUCUUAGCCUAUGUGGGGACAUCAUCUUUAUAAAAUUGGGUAUACCACCCAACUCUUUUAAGUCAGGAAGAUCUUAUUAUAAAACUGUUGGGGAUUUUGGUAGCUGUCUUUAAAGAGAAAAAAAAAUAAAGUUAGAUGAGAUUGAUCAAAGAAAGUACUGAGUUUGAUACAUUGAUAGCCAAUGCCCACCACCAUCAACCCUCUUGCCAUUAACUACUGUUAGACAAAGAGAGUAAAGGCCCCAACAUGUGAGAUAUCUUAAACUUUACAAUCCAUCCAGAUCAAAAAUGUUUGCUUGAUGACCCCAUUUGCUUUUCCAUUGACAAAUCAAAUUUAUUGCUUGAAGAAAGAAGAUGAAGGAGAUGAUGAUGUUAAUGAUGAUUAGAGAUCAGAAUCAAAUCGACUCAGAUCAAGAACCAAUUACUAAUACAAGCUGGAAGCUUUAUGAAAACCCAUAUUAUUACCCAAAAAACAAAAGCAACAACCAUCUUAAUCUACAUUAUCAACAGCAUCAUCAACACCACCAUCACAUUCAUCUCCCUGUUUCUGCUCGUCAAGUUGCUUCUUCAUUUUCUGAUUUCACAUUUUUUCAAUCAGUAAUGGUUUCUCAAUUAGAAUCAGCUAAAUCUCAGAUCAAACAGUUGAAAUCUGAGCUUGAAUUGGAGAGAAAACUCAGAAGAAAGGUUGAGUCAUUGAAUAAGAAACUAAGUAAAGAACUAACAGAACAGAGGAAACAAAGAGAAUCAUUACAAUGUCUCUGCGAAGAACUGGCUGAAGAAAUUGCUUGUGAUAAAGCUGUAAUUGAUGAAAUGAAAAUGAAUAUGGAAGAAGAAAGAAGAAUGUUGAGAAUGUCUGAAGUUCUAAGAGAAGAAAGGGUUCAGAUGAAACUUUCUGAAGCUAGGAUUGUGUUUGAAGAAAAGUUAUUAGAGUUGGAAUUUCUCAAAAUUGAGAAAUUUAGAGAAAAUUCUUCCAAUGAAGAAGUGGGUUUUUGUCAGAAAUCUUCUAAUCUGAAUCUGAAGAAGAACAAUAAUGACAAUGGAGGUGUUAUUGUCAGAUCAACAAAUCAUAGAAAAUCUUCAUCUUCUUCUUGUUCUGAAAGUGAAAAUCCUCAUAUCAAAAGAGGGAUAAAAGGGUUUGUUGAAUUUCCAAGAGUUGUUAAAGCGAUUAGUAGUUUAAGAGGCAGACAAUUGAUGGGGUUUUCAAAUAAACUUGAGAAUCCUCAGAAGAGUCAACUUCAACUCUUGCUUAGAAGACAAAAGAGUAGUCCUUUCAGUAGAGCUAACAAUAUUUUUAUGGCUUGAUCUUCAAUCUCAGUUUCUAUGUUCAUUUGCAAUUUCUUCUGUUUCAUCAUUUGUUUCUGUACAAACCAAA